UCGGGCUCAACCUUUGACAUUAGGCUUCCAAGUCUUUCUCAUUGUUGUUACUAAUAAAGUCACACCAUUGAAAGCUCAGAGGCACACCACCUUACUUCUCAAUCCUUCUUUCUUCCUUCUCUCACCGUCAAAAACAAUUCCUCAUCUGCCAAAUCCAAUGUUUUUGCCUCAAAACUCAUAAGUUCACAUUUUUUAAAAUUUUCCAUUUACUUUGCCUAUCCUCAUCUUCAUUCAUUUUCCUCUUGUUUUAAGGUUUUGCUUCUGAUUGAUUGAUUGAUUGCCUUUGAGAGAAACUUGUGAACUCAGUUCUUUCUUUCUUUCACCCUCUUGGGUAAGCUCAGAAACUUCCAUAAAGAAACAGAUUUUCUCCCUAAAAUUCUGUUAGGUGUUUGAUCUAGGAUUUUCAUUGGGUCCAGGAAGGAGGAUAUCAUUGCUAUGAUUUUGAAGGUUUCUCUCAUUGUGGUUCUCCUAGUGAUAUGCUCCUGUGUUGUGGAAGCCAUUUCUAGGAAUCACAAUCAAAAUCCCAACCACAACAAUAUCAACAAAAAUGGAUCUUCUCUGGCUGCAAUAAAGUUUCCUGAUUAUCCAAGUUUCAAUGAUGUCUCUUCUUCAGGGGACGAUUGCAGCUUCUCAAAUUCUGAGCAACUCGGACAUUCUGGACCUACCAUGACAUCGGGUGAAGAAACUGAUGAAGAGAGUGAAGCUUUUCCAGCACAAAAACCACACCAGAAUUUGGUGAAAUUCCACUUGAAACACAGGUCAGGGAGCAAAGAUGCUGAGCCGAAACAAUCUGUGGUUGAUUUCACACUAAGUGAUUUGACCAGAAUUCAGAACCUUCACAGAAGGGUCAUAGAGAAGAAGAAUCAAAACACCAUUUCAAGGCUGCAGAAGUCACAGAAGGAGCAACCAAAGCAGUCCUACAAGCCGGUGGUUGCUGCUCCGGCAGCUUCACGGACAACAAGUCCAGUUUCGGGGCAGCUUGUGGCAACCUUGGAAUCCGGGGUGAGUCUUGGCUCUGGAGAGUACUUCAUGGAUGUAUUUGUGGGGACACCCCCUAAGCAUUUUUCUCUGAUACUUGAUACUGGUAGUGACCUUAAUUGGAUUCAAUGUGUUCCAUGCAUUGCAUGUUUUGAGCAAAGUGGGCCAUAUUAUGACCCCAAAGAUUCUAGCUCUUUUAGGAAUAUAAGCUGUCAUGAUCCCCGGUGCCAAUUGGUUUCAGCCCCCGAUCCACCUAAGCCUUGCAAGGCUGAGAAUCAGAGUUGUCCAUACUUUUAUUGGUAUGGUGAUGGUUCCAACACAACUGGGGAUUUUGCAUUGGAAACUUUCACUGUUAAUCUCACCACUCCUAAUGGGACUUCCGAGUUGAAGCAUGUGGAGAAUGUGAUGUUUGGAUGUGGUCAUUGGAAUAGAGGCCUAUUUCAUGGUGCUGCUGGUUUGUUAGGAUUAGGGAAAGGACCAUUGUCAUUUGCUUCUCAGAUGCAAUCUCUCUAUGGUCAAUCCUUUUCCUAUUGUCUUGUGGAUAGGAAUAGCAAUGCAAGUGUUAGCAGCAAAUUGAUUUUUGGUGAGGACAAGGAGCUGCUCAGCCACCCCAAUUUGAAUUUCACUUCUUUUGGUGGUGGGAAAGAUGGUUCAGUUGACACAUUUUACUAUGUCCAGAUAAAGUCUGUUAUGGUUGAUGAUGAGGUGCUGAAGAUACCUGAGGAGACUUGGCAUUUGUCUUCAGAAGGUGCUGGUGGUACCAUAAUUGAUUCUGGCACCACAUUAACAUAUUUUGCAGAGCCUGCUUAUGAGAUUAUCAAGGAGGCUUUUGUGAGGAAAAUUAAGGGCUAUCAGCUUGUUGAAGGCCUUCCUCCUCUAAAGCCAUGUUACAAUGUGUCUGGAAUUGAAAAGAUGGAGCUACCUGACUUUGGAAUCUUGUUUGCUGAUGAAGCAGUGUGGAAUUUUCCAGUGGAGAAUUAUUUUAUCUGGAUUGAUCCUGAGGUUGUUUGUUUGGCUAUUUUGGGGAAUCCUCGAUCUGCCCUUUCAAUAAUUGGAAACUAUCAGCAGCAGAAUUUCCACAUACUGUAUGAUAUGAAGAAAUCCAGACUUGGCUAUGCACCAAUGAAGUGUGCUGAUGUUUAUUUGCUUAAGGACUUUAUUAGAGAUUUAGAGUGGCAUUCGAAAUCGGUGAAGAUGGUUGCUAUGAGGUUUCAUCAGUACCAGGUGGUGGGAAGGGCUCUUCCUACCGAAUCCGAUGAGCAUCCUAAGAUCUACCGCAUGAAACUCUGGGCAACUAACGAGGUCCGUGCCAAAUCCAAGUUCUGGUAUUUUUUGAGAAAAUUGAAGAAGGUUAAGAAAAGCAAUGGGCAAGUGCUAGCCAUAAAUGAGAUUUUUGAGAGGAAUCCUACCAAGAUUAAGAAUUAUGGAAUUUGGCUGCGGUAUCAGAGUCGUACUGGGUAUCACAAUAUGUACAAGGAAUACCGAGAUACUACUCUGAACGGUGCAGUUGAGCAUAUGUACACCGAAAUGGCGUCUCGACAUAGGGUGAGGCAUCCAUGCAUCCAGAUAAUCAAGACUGCCACCAUCCCAGCUAAGCUGUGCAAAAGGGAGAGCACCAAGCAGUUCCACAAUUCUAAAAUCAAGUUCCCAUUGGUGUUCAAGAAGGUUAGGCCCCCAACUAGGAAGCUGAAGACAACAUACAAGGCAUCCAGGCCAAACCUGUUUAUGUGAUUCAGUUAAUGGGAUUUCCCUGUUUCUUGAUUCAUUUAAAUAGGAAGAGCUUUAGAGGUGAUCAUGUAGUGACAAACUUUGUUUCCCUGAAGAUUUUGUUUUUGAAAGAUGGUGUUUUAUUUAAUUUUAUAUUUUUGCAGAGUUGUCUAUUUUACUUAUUCCGAUGUAUUUGAUCAAGGUUGCUUUUGAAUUUAGUGAUUACUUUUUUUGUUUCGA